CUCCGGAAGUGCAGUGUGUGUGUCGGUGUUUGUUGGUGUGUGUGUGUGUGACGCGGAGCCGCAGCCGGACAGCGAGCCGGACGCCGCGGCGGACAGACGGAGGAGUCUCGCUCUCUGAGAGGUGAGCGAGCCGCGCGAGGCCAGGUAACUCAGUUCCCAUGAUGCCUUGCAGAGUCCCGGUUCGUCCGGCCGGUCCGACCCGGUUCGGGCUGCUGCUGCUGGGCCUGCUGCUGGUGUGUAUGUGUGUGUGCGCGCGCGCGGAGAGCCGGGACUACUACGAGCUGCUGGGGGUCAACAGGGAGGCCACGAGCCGCGAGAUCCGCCGCGCCUUCAAGAAGCUCGCGCUCACCAUGCACCCCGACAAGAACCCGGGUGACCCCUCGGCCCACGACAGGUUCCUGCAGGUGAGUCGGGCGUAUGAGGUGCUGAAGGACGAGGACCUGAGGAAGAAGUACGACAAGUACGGAGAGAAGGGGCUGGACGAGCAGCAGGGCGGGCGUUAUGAGAGCUGGAGCUACUACCGCUACGACUUCGGGAUCUAUGACGACGAUCUGGAGGUCAUCACGCUGGACAGGGGAGACUUUGAGGCAGCGGUGAAUUCUGGAGAAAUCUGGUUCAUCAACUUCUACUUCCCACGAUGCUCCCACUGCCACCAGCUGGCUCCUACGUGGAGGGAGGUUGCCAAGGAGAUGGAGGGUGUGAUCAGGAUUGGAGCGGUGAACUGUGGAGACAACAACCGACUCUGCAGGAGCAAAGGAAUCACCAGUUACCCCAGUCUGUACAUCUACAGGACUGGUCAGAAACCAGAGAAGUACCAUGGGGAACGUUCCAAGGAGAACCUGGUCCAGUUCUCCAUGCAGUUCAUCACAACCACGGUGACUGAGCUAUGGCAAGGCAACGUGUUCAGUGAGAUAGAGGGAGCGUUCUCAUCUGGACUGGGAUGGCUGAUCACCUUCUGCUCUGAGACUGGAGAUUGCCUGGAGUCGAGGACCAGACUGCAGCUGGCUGGCAUGUUGGAGGGUCUGGUUAAGGUGGGCUGGAUGGACUGCACCACCCAGGAGCAGCUGUGUGAAAGUUUCCAGGUGAGUGGAGGAGCGACCGGCUUCUUCCCAGCAGGAAGUUCUCUGCAGCAGCAGGGCAGCGUGCUGUGGCUGCAGACUCUGGACAGGAAGGAGAUUUACAGUCAGGUCAUCGAUCACCUGCCUGACCUGGAGCUGCUGACCAAUGACAGCUUCCAGAGGAAGUUGGCGCGUCACCGCUGGCUGGUCAGUUUCUCGUUCGGCGACAGAGGCCUCGCCUCCAACGAGUACAAGAAGCUGCAGGCCCUGCUCAGGAACGACCACAUACAGGUUGGCCGGGUGGACUGUCUGUCUGACGCGGAGCUGUGUCGCUCUCUCUACAUCCACAAGUCCUGUCUCGCCGUCUUCAAGGGUCUGGGCAUCCACGACUUCGAGAUCCACCACGGUAAGGACGUGCUGUACAACAUUGUGGGGUUUGCAAAGGAGAGCGUCAACGCCCACGUGACGACGCUGCGGCCCGACAACUUCCCCUCCGACAGGAAGGAGCCGUGGCUGGUCGACUUCUUCGCUCCAUGGUGUCCCCCGUGUCAGGCUUUACUUCCUGAGCUGAGGAAAGCUUCGAUCCAGCUGGCCGGCCAGAUGAAGUUCGGCACACUGGACUGCACCAUCCACCACGACCUCUGCUCUAUGUAUAACAUCCAGGCGUAUCCGACGACGGUGAUCUUCAAUCGUUCCUCAGUUCAUGAAUAUGAGGGUCAUCACUCGGCUGACGGCAUCCUGGAGUUCAUACAGGACCUGGUCAGUCCAUCUGUGGUGGUUUUGGAUCCUGACAGCUUCAGGGACAAAGUCAAAGGUCGAGCUGAAGGACAGAUCUGGGCGGUGGAUUUCUACGCUCCCUGGUGUGGCCCCUGUCAGGCCCUGAUGCCCGAGUGGAGACGCAUGGCCAGGCUGAUCUCAGGUCAGAUCCUGGUGGGUUCUGUGGACUGUCAGCGGUUCCAGCCGUUCUGUCAGAGUCAGGGUGUGAGGUCGUACCCCGAGAUCCGCCUGUACCCCCACAACACCCGGCAGCCCGACCGAUACAUGAGUUAUAACGGUUGGCACAGAGAUGCCCAGUCAUUGAAGCUGUGGGUGCUAAGCUCCCUCCCCAGGGUGUCGGUGGAUCUGACCCCAGAGUCUUACAGAUCCCUGGUUCUGUCGGGUCGGGAGCACUGGGUGGUCGACUUCUACGCCCCCUGGUGUGGACCCUGCCAACACUUCGCCCCCGAGUUUGAAGUCCUGGCCCGGAUGGUUAAAGGGGAGGUUCGGGCAGGGAAGGUGGACUGUCAGGCUCAUUAUCAGACCUGUCAAUCAGCUGGAGUCACUGCCUACCCCACUGUCCGGUUCUACCCCUACAUCGGAACAACAAAGCGCCAUCAGAGCGGCGAGUACGUGAACAGCCGUGACGCUCAUGUGAUCGCUGACGUCCUCAGACAGCGACUGGAACAGCUUUCAAAACAGUCACACAGCAAACUCAAGGACGAGCUCUGAGGAUCAGGGGGCGGAGCCAAAGGAAGGACUGCACUCUGAUUGGACUGUGAUGAACUGAGAGGAUUUUGAUUGGUCAGUGCGAAUGCCAGUCACACUCCAAGAGAAGACGACAGGAAGUCAGACAGACAGUCAGUCAGAGAGACAGACGGACUGAACAUAACAUUCUGACUGAACUGAAUGUACUGAACACACACACACCUUUCUGCCUGUUUUUAUUGUUUUUAUUUACUCUGUGAUGUAAAGGUGUGGGGCACUGCAACGAUAACAUGUUACUGACACACACACACACACACACACACACACACACACACACACUCUCAGAUGUUGAUACUGUAUUUUAUGUGGCGUUUAUCGUGUGGAACUGUUUGAAUUAAGCUGUCAAAUUAAAAAUGGAAAAGGUUUUUAA